CUUGUGAAUGAUGAACAUGAACCUCGGGGUAACGUGGGAGCUGACAGGCCGCUCGCUGCGCAGCUCUCAGGUCAGCUGGUAAGCAGCUCUCCGACCACAGAUGGGAGCGAGUUUGUUGAAUCAUGCGUGUUGACAGCGACACUAAACCAUCGUGGGGUAGGUAGCCGACAACAUACGACCAGAGGCGCUCCCGACAUCCCCCAGGAAUGAAUGAACCGAGAGCUGACUUUAUAACCGAGGCUCCCUGAAGAAGCGUCAAGUUUGGAGUAUAUUUCUGGGAAUCGCUUCUCUUGAUCUACCAACUCUCUCGGACUGGACACUUUCUUCAGCGUGGUGUGGUUGAAGACAGAUUUUCGCUCCCCCAACUCCCCCCCCCCCCCCCAAAAAACAACAACAACAACAACAACAAAUCGGACAAUCGACGAUUGGGAACAUAAAUGAUGAAGUUUAAGCCCAACCAGACCAGGACUUACGAUGGCGAGGGCUUCAAGAGAAGAGCUGCGUGUUUGUGUUUUAAAAACGAGAAAGAGGACGAGGUGCUACUGGUGAGCAGCAGUCGCCAUCCAGACCAAUGGAUCGUGCCAGGAGGAGGAAUGGAGCCUGAGGAGGAGCCCUGUGGGGCCGCCGUCAGGGAGGUCUACGAAGAGGCGGGUGUGAAGGGAAAACUUGGCAGACUACUCGGGAUUUUUGAGCAAAAUAAAGACAGUAAGCACAGGACGUACGUCUUCACCCUCAUAGUGACGGAAACACUGGAAGACUGGGAGGACUCUGUCAAAAUUGGAAGGAAGAGAAAGUGGUUCAAAGUUGACGAGGCCAUCAGGGUGCUGCAGAGCCACAAGCCUGUCCAUGCAGAGUACCUACGAAGGCUCACAAGCACCUGUAACCCCCCCUGUGGUCCUGUGUGUAGCCCGACUAAUGGCAACACCCCGAGCUCCCAAGUGAGGGACAACGACACGCCUCACUAUGUUGUUUGCUCCACAGAGGGCUCAGAACUAGGCAACAGAUAGGACGUUCAGCAGAAGCUAACAGUUUUUUUAAGAGGACAACGCGAUGGACAUCUGGAAAAGACUUCUGCAUUGAUUGCAUUACUAACGCAGCCUCUUAAUAUGUACAGUAUGGACUUCCUUUAAGUUGAUUUAAAACCCAUUUUUAGGGAGUGCCAACAUGUUUUCCAAGUAUAUUUAAGAUUUUAUAUGUAUAUAUUUUUUAACACCAUCAACUGCUAAUGGAGCAAAUGUUUCCAUUAAAGGCAUUCAGCUUUAGAUGGAUUUUCUAAACGAGCUGCUUCUGCCGUGUAGGUCCUGUUUAGUCUUUAAUGCAGAAUACUUGACUAGCAAUGCACACAAGUAUUUGGGUUGUGCUCUUAGAGGAAGUCAUACAGUGACUCAGUGCCAAAUAAUUUCCAACUGCAAGAUGUUUUGAAGAGGAGCGGUUACAUAUGAAUGAGUCACUUAUUACAAUUAGGACACUUUUAGGCUGUGAAACUAAUGUCACCUGACCACAACUGAAGUCUUGUGAGGUAUUUCGCCCAAAGACAGCUGGGGGCAAAGUCUGCUUUGAUACAACAUGUGUAAACACUUUGCUCCUCCUAUAAUUACCACUUUACGAGUACACACAGGAUCAUCUCUAAUCAUUAGUAAAAGAGUAACGCUGUCAUAAAGAUUAAGCUUUAUACCAGUCACCAUAUGGAAAUGGAGACUUGGCUUUUUUCAAUUUAACAGUUAGGCUGAAUGUUAAAUUGAACAAAUAACAGUGUAAUGGUAGUUAGAUAAAUAUCAACUUUUGUAUAAUGGAACGGAACUGCUGUCAACAUAAUCAAAACUAGCAAAUGUGCCAAAGAAAGACUAUUCAACAGUACAGACUCUAUCACACAAGAAAUAAUACAUAUCUGCAGAAGACACUAUAAUUAUUAAGUGCAUUUGACAAAUUGUCCAGUUAAUGUUGGGCUGAGAGGCCUUUUGUUUUACGGCAGAAUUACAAUGUGCUUUAGUCUGAUUCUUCUAAGUGCCUUCACAAACAAUACUAACUUGUGUUUAGUUUCUACUAGACACUGCACACCCAACAGCCCUUACUGGCAGCAGUACAAUCAGCCCCUAUAUUUCUCAGCUGUGGUAAGAUUUAAACAAUUGGAUUUUGGAGGAAUUGUUACAAUUUAAUCUACAGUAUUUAGUAUGAAUUGAUUGAAUUUAUUUAUUUAUUUAUGUUUCAAAGGGAAAAACUCCCUCCCAUCAUGAACAGGAAACUAUGACCGGUAGUCAUGGUCAGUGUGUCGGACUUCUUUUGUCAGCACAACAGAAAGAGAAUGCAACCUACAGUACCAGUCAAAAGUUUGGACACACCUUCUCAUUCAACUACUUUGAAGAAUCUAAAAUAUAAAACAUAUUCUGGUUUGUUGAGCAUUUAUUUGUUUACCACAUAAUUCCAUAUGUGUUCCUUCAUAGUUUGGAUGUCUUCAAUAUUAAUCUACAAUGUAGAAAAGAAAAGAAAAAAAACCAUUUAAUGAGAAGGUGUGAACAAACUUUUGUCUGGUACUGUAUGUUAUAAAUUCAGUUUAUUGAAUAUCAUUGACGCUUCUUGAUACACUUCAUAAUAAAUCCCUUUUUUUUUUUUAUUUGUUUGUGUGACAGGACUUUUCAGCAAUGU